AUAUUAUUUCGCAAUUUUUUCCUUAUAUUUGGGUUUUACAGAUAUGCAUAUAUUAUAUGUUUUUCAGGGUUAAGAUGUGAUUGAAAAUGAGCAUGAUAUCAGCGGCCUGUGAUUUUGCUCAGAUCUUGAAAAACUUGUUUUCCUCAGCAGAAGAUAAUCUUUAAUCUUUGACUUCUUGUGGUCGAGCAGCGUUUGUGUUUGUUUGAAUGUUGUACCUGUAGGAGGAGGAGGAGGAGGAGGAGUGGCAGCACAGGUGCACUGGUUAUUCUUGUUGGGCUGGAAGAGGGAGGAGAUGAAGAGGAGGAACUCUGAGGACGGCAUGGCAACACAGAGCUUUAUAAAGGCGGAGGCACACCCAGCCGGCGGCCUCAGUUCAGCUCCACUCUCUGACGGCAGCGCCUCCGGUAGCCAUGCUCAGCCUCAUCAGGUUACCACGAGUCUUCACCAUCAACCAGGUGCCCAAAGUUUUCCAUGAGGACGGUAUCAUCUCUGGGUACCGACAUCCUCGCAGCUCAGCCACAGACUGCAUCCUCAGCCUCUUCCAGAUGACCAACGAGACGCUCAACAUCUGGACUCACUUUCUGCCCACCUGGUAUUUCUUCUGGAAGCUGGUGACGGUGGUGCUGAUGCAGACUCCCUGGCAGAACUCCUUCGUCUGGCCGCUGGUCGUCUUCCUGCUCUCCUGCUGCAUCUACCCGCUGGCGUCCAGCUGUGCUCACACCUUCAGCACCAUGUCGGCUCGGGCCCGACACAUCUGCUUCUUCUUUGACUACGGCGCCCUCAGUUUCUACAGUUUGGGUUCAGCGAUCAUCUACUCGGCUUACGUUUUCCCUGAUAAAUGGGUGAGCAGCUCCUUCCACCGGUGGUACGUCCCCAUCGCUGUGUUCAACACCGUCAUCUGCACCUUCCUGGCCUGUUACUCCAGAUUCCCUGAAUACUGGAGCCCAAACUUCAGCAAACUCCUGCGUGUGGCGGCCUUCGCCUACCCCUACCUGUUCGACAACAUUCCUCUGUUCUACAGGGUUUUCCUCUGUGUAGGAGAAGGCUGCACUGAUAACGGUACCAACAUCCUCCACUACAAACACAUCGCCUUGGCUUUCCUCACCGCCUUUCUGUUCGCCACUCAUCUACCUGAGCGUCUGGCACCCGGCAGCUUCGACUACAUCGGUCACAGCCACCAGCUCUUCCACAUCUGCGGAAUCCUGGGCACCCACUUCCAGAUGCAGGCCAUGGAGCAGGACAUGGUGGCACGGCGGCCCUGGCUCGUCCAGAACUCAUUUCCCAUCACAUUUGCCAACUCGGGAGGUCCGGCACUGCUUUGUGUGCUGCUCAAUUUGGCCAUCAUCGCCCUCUUCAGUCUGCCUCUCCUCUCUGCUCCCGUCUGCAAAGAAAAAGAUCAUGGGAAAGGUCCAAAGAAGGCCUCAGCCAAACCCCAGCCUUGCUGCUGAGGGGAACCAGCUCAUCACAGGACAUCCAGACGACUGAAGAGAGGCAUUAUGGGUAAUAUGAAAACACUGCUCAGAGUACUACUGAGCUAUGAGGAGCUGCUGUCAUGUUUAAGUGAAUUUUGACUGUAUUGGAUGUAAGUUGUACAAACUUACAAUAGAAAUUUAACAGAACAUUUGUUACCACAAUAUGUAAUGAAUCUAAAUGUUUCUAAGGAAACUACAUAAAGCUACAAAUGUAGCAUCUUAGCUACAUUUAGCUACGAUUUUGAGGAUUUGUUUUUUUUAAUAUGUUCCAUUCUUUGAUUUCCACACAUGUGGUGUAUGAAAAGACUUCAGGGAAUAGAAACUGUGUAGAAUUUUAAUUUCUCUGUCAAUUUAAAAUGUUUAUACUAAAUUAAGACACUGUACCUUUUUAUAUUUCUAAUGAUUGCACACAGCUUAUGAAAGGAGACGCCGCUCACAUGAAUAAAACAAAUGAAGCGCUUUUGAUGAUGAAUGUUGGAUGUUUUUGCUUUUGAGUUUGUGCUGCCUGCAAAUUAACAAGUAAAUACACGGAAGCUUUAUUGACUAAUAAUGUAUGAUUUCAUGUUUUCAGAGUAAUUUAUUUCUCUCAGAUGAUUUAUGUUUGUGUCCCAGUAGAUGCUGUUACAACAUCCGUUAAUGCAAAACUGAAAGUAUUUAAGUACAAAGUUAUUUAUUAUGAGCUUUUAAAAUAAACUAUGAACCAAAC